CCUCAAAAAACCCCCCAACACAGACAAUCACAAUUACUGGCCAGAGGAAAAGAAGUGAAAAGAUUUCUUGCGCUAAACUUCAAUGGCGGCGAAGAACCAACAAGAAACUAACAAACUCAAGAAGAGAAAGCUAAACGCAGGUGCUAAAGUCCAUCCAAAUGCUUCCACUUCUAAGAAGCCAAAAGUCACCGCUUCAAAACCUUCAAAAACUCCUCAAAACAAGGAGUUUAACAAACCUUUCAAUCCAAUCAAACAAAAACAAAACCCGUUUAAACCAAAGUUUGGGAACAAAGACGCUAAUGAAGAACAGACAGUGCCCAAAUCGAAACGAGAACGGCGUCUUCAUGCCAAGGAACUUGCGGAGGCUAGGAAGAAGAAGAGGAAGAGACAUUAUGAUCUGGAACAAGAGCUUGCAUCUUUGUGGGAAAAGAUGAGGCAACGCAAUAUUGCUAAAGAAGAUAGAUCUAAGCUGAUAAGUGAAGCCGUACAAAAGAUGAAAGGAAAGAUUCCAGAAAUUGCUGGCUCCCAUGUUUCUUCUCGAGUUUUGCAGACUUGUGUUAAGUACUGUUCACAAACCGAAAGAGAUGCUGUCUUUGAGGAGCUUCAACCACAUUUUCUAACCCUUGCUGAUAACACCUAUGCAGUUCAUCUCGAGAAGAAAAUGUUAGAUAGUGCUUCUAAGAAACAGCUAGCGCGGUUUAUCUCAGCCCUUCAUGGUCAUGUUGCAUCUCUUCUUCGACACAUGGUUGGAUCUGUUGUCAUUGAGCAUGCAUACCAGUUGGCAAAUGCAACUCAAAAACAUGAGCUUCUAGUUGAACUGUAUUCUACCGAGCUUCAAUUGUUUAAGGACCUGGUAUCAAUCAAAGAGAGCAGGUUGGUUGAUGUAAUUUCAAAGCUAGGCCUACAGAAAGCUUCGGUUUUACGACAUAUGGCUUCAGUGAUUCAACCAAUUCUAGAGAAAGGAAUUGUGGACCACUCUAUCAUACAUAGGGUCUUAAUGGAGUACUUUAGCAUAGCCGACAAGACCUCUGCCGCAGAUAUAAUUCAACAGUUAUCAGGUCCACUCCUUGUUCGUAUGAUCCAUACCAGGGAUGGAUCUAAGAUUGGGAUACUUUGUGUCAAGCAUGGGAGUGCUAAGGAAAGGAAAAAAAUAAUUAAAGGAAUGAAGGGGCACAUUGGCAAGAUUGCUCAUGAUCAAUGUGGGUCACUGGUACUUCUCUGUAUUGUUUCAAUUGUUGAUGACACAAAGCUUAUAACUAAGAUUGUCCUUCGUGAGCUUCAAACAAAUUUAAAAGAGCUUGUUUUGGAUAAGAAUGGAAGACGCGUGCUACUCCAGCUGCUUCAUCCAAAUUGUUCACGUUAUCUCAGUCCUGAUGAUCUGGCUUCCCUCAAUUUAUUUAUUUCUUCUCUAUCUGCCAAGGACGAGACACAAGUAAAUUCUGAAAUUAAGUCUGUAAAGAAUGAGGAAUCUAAUGAUGAGAUGGCUGACCAAGGAGAGGCAGCAGUUCGGGCUGAUGAAAGUACAAGUCCCAGUGAGGACCUUCAUUUAGUUGAGGGUGGGAAAAAAGACCCUUACCUAAGAAGGCAAGAGUUGUUGGUCAACAGUGGACUUGCGGAGAGUCUCAUUGACAUAUGUAUUGAGAAUGCUGGAGAAUUACUUAGAUCAAAUUUUGGCAGAGAAGUAUUGUAUGAGGUUGCAAGAGGGGGCUCUGAUGACAUUCUCCGCCCCACAUUGGAUGACAAGUUGAACACCUUGCAUGAAGCUGUAGCAUCUCUUACAGCAGAGUCUAAAUCUGAAGAAUCUGAAGAGGAGCACACCCUUGAAAAUUUCCAUUCCAGCCGCACCAUUAGGAAAUUGGUCAUGGACUGCCCCACCUUUGCUUCCACUUUAUGGAAGAAAGCUUUGAAAGGGAAGUGUGAAGUGUGGGCCCAAGGUCACAGUUGCAAGGUAGUCAGUGCAUUCUUGGAAUCCUCUGAUUCUAAGGUCCGUGAGUUGGCGAAAAAGGAGUUGCAACCUUUAUUAGAUAGAGUCAUUCUCAAAAUCCCUGAAGCUAAGAAAGCUGCGCAUGAAGGUUAGGGUGCUAAUCCCAUGUUGUGGAAAGAGCAGGAAUUUUUGCCUUGUCAAUGGAACAGACGUUGCAUAAUUUUGGAUCACAGGCUGAUUAUUUUUGUAUUCAAUUUUGCUUAGGAAGAGAUCUACAAGAUGUAAUGCAACAUAAAAAGAGUAAACAAUUGCAUUUGUAUUCAAGUUUAGUUGAAAAAGAGAUCAAGGUUUUUUCUUCA